AUGGAUCGUGACGGUAGUUCGUCUGGGUCUCCCCAGGGUGCAUGGCGAUUUGCCCAAUGCUUCGGUGAUAAGGGUGACAUUGAAGACAUCACUGAGGCUGAUAUCAUUUCGACCGUUGAAUUCGAUCCAACAGGUGAUUACCUGGCCACUGGUGAUAAAGGAGGACGUGUUGUCAUGUUUGAGCGUAGUGGUGCUGGUGCGGGCUCCCAGAAACAAGGAUGCGAAUAUCGGUUCCACACUGAAUUUCAGUCGCACGAGCCUGAAUUCGACUAUCUCAAAUCACUUGAAAUCGAGGAAAAGAUCAACCAAAUCUGCUGGUGUAAACGCCAAAAUGCGGCCCAUAUGUUGCUGAGCACCAAUGACAAAACGAUCAAGCUUUGGAAGGUUUUUGACAAACCUCUGAAUGCCGUUGCAGAAGGCAGUUUGGCGACGGGAGAAGAUCCCACCAGCGUCUUGAUGUCUAAGAUGACGCAUGAGAGCCAUCAAAUGGACGGCACUUUGCAUCCCAGCCUGCUGAAGCUCGGCGCCCCCCAUGGUGGCCUGAUUACCCCUUCAUUGUCACCGGCUCAAUCGCGCUUACUGCGAUUGCCUCGUCUAGUGUACCAUGACACUAUUGUUGCAGCUGUUCCACGGAAGAUCUAUGCAAAUGCUCAUGCCUACCACAUCAACUCACUCUCUGUGAAUUCCGAUGGUGAAACCUAUAUUAGUGCGGAUGAUUUGCGGAUCAAUCUCUGGAAUUUGGGCAUAAGUGACCAGAGUUUCAGUAUGUUUGACUUUCUAACUCUAGACAUUGUUGAUAUAAAGCCAGUGAACAUGGAAGAACUCACCGAAGUAAUCACGGCAGCUCAGUUUCAUCCCAUUCAUUGUAAUGAGCUGGUGUAUUCGAGCUCGAAAGGCACGAUCAAGCUGGCUGACAUGCGUGAAUCUGCCCUCUGUGACCAGCAUGCGAAGCUCUUUGAAGAGGAGGAAGAUCAAUCUACUCGCUCGUUCUUCAGCGAAAUUAUCAGCAGCAUCUCAGAUGUGCGCUUUAGCCAUGAUGGGCGCUAUAUCUUAUCACGCGACUACCUAACUUUGAAAGUUUGGGACGUCAAUAUGGAGUCGCGUCCUCUGGCAACGAUUCCCAUACAUGAUUAUCUGCGCCCAAAGCUCUGUGAUCUUUACGAAAAUGACUGCAUUUUUGAUAAAUUCGAAGGCAUUUGGGGGCCUACCGGCACAACAGCAUUGACUGGCAGUUACAGCAAUUAUUUCCAUCUUGUCGAUUGGGAGCGCGACUCAAGUGUCGUUCUCCAGGCGGACAAAUCUGCAUUUAAGUCCAAGAAGCUUGCAGCCACACACAAGCCUGGCGCCCGCAGUGCGGGAGCGGGGGGCAUUAACGCCAAUAACGUGGACUUUAACAAGAAAAUUCUACAUGCCAGUUACCAUCCUAGGGAGGACACUAUCGCGAUCGCUGCAACAAACAAUCUGUUUAUCUUCUCGGCCAACAACCCCGCAGCUUCUGCGUAG